AAUGGAGCACCGAAAAAGUGAGGAGCGUGCAUUAGUGCUCAGCUUUAACAAGGAUGCUGAUGUUCCCUAAUAAGAUUAAGAUUACAAAGAUAUGGGUUAUAUUCUUUUUCCCCCUACCACAGUUCCACCUUAGACCUUUUCUCCCCACUCCCAGAGUAUGCUCUUGAGCAUUCAUUCAUUCCUCCUCUUCUCGUUCAUUCUCUCAUCCUCUCAGCUGCUUGAAUCUCUUCACUCUCCCUCCCACUCUCGCCUCCUCUUAGUGGCAGCGGCGUGACUCCCUGAGGCAGCUACCUUGACCGGUUAGUCAAUGCAGCUACUGGAGGUGCCAUAUCCUGCAGAGAAACGUGUAUGUGUGUGUGUGUGUCUGUGUUUGUUUGUGUGUGUGUGUGUGUGUGUGUACGUGUGACUACGAGUGGACACAGAUGGGAGGGUGACUGAGUCAGAAUGGCUGCCUUCCUCUCAUCAUCGCCAUCCUUCGCUCCUCUGCAGCCAUGGAGCUCCGGCAGGCGGAAUCGCAGCAGAGUCUGUGGAAAGCGCUGAGGUAGACGUGUGUAUGUUUUUGUAGGAUGGAUAGCGUGUACAAGAGAAGGUGGUCAUCAGGCACGCAGGCCGUGGUGUUUCUUCACACACUGGCCUUAUCCUGGGCAGGUGCUGUUGAACCUGCCCCCAAAAUUGACGGACAUCGUCAGACGGUGAUGACAUUAAGAGAAAACAUGAUACACAGGUUCAACUGUCAUUCCGACGGCUGGCACACCCGUGCACCCACUUUGCUAACCUGGUACCUGAACGGUGAGCAGCAGAGGUCGCGAUCUGCCAAAGGAAGUCGGGGGAUGACACCCCAUAAAGACUCUGAGGUCACGAGACUGAGAGCCAAUAACAACAGCACAUUCUCCCUGCGGGCCAGAAAGUGGGACAGAGAGCUGGUGUGUGUGGCACUCAACCCCAAAUCAGGCGAGAGCCACAAUGCCACAGUCACACUCAAUGUCCAAUUUCAGCCUGAGAUCGUCAGGGUCAGCGCACACUCCAGUGAAACCUCAGACCCCGGCCUUUUGUUAGUCCUCUUUGCACUGGUUCAGUCCAACCCGCCUGCCACCUUCACCUUGGCCGACCAGUCUGGCCUACUGGUGGCUAACACUUCGGACAUCUUCAUCCUCGACUCGCACAGCUACCCCUGGUUGACCAAUCACACAAUGAGAGUCACUCUCAGUAGCCUCUCAGGAAAUAUCUCACUGAACGCCAGCAACAGUGUGGGCACAGCGCAAAGUAACAUCACGCUGGCAGAGUUUCUGCAAUCUCGUGUGGAAGUGCCGAUGCUAGGAAUCGUGACCGGAGGCUCCAUGGCCUUCAUGGCCCUUCUCAUUCUCAGUCUGAUAGUCCUCUGCCUCAUGCAAAAACCAACGAGCAAAUCCAUUGAUGAGACGGCGGAGAUUCUAAUGACUGAGAAAAGUGACUCAACCAACCUCAAAACAGAGAGAACUUACAUCCCCAGAGAGAACAUGUCUCUUCCUUCUAAUAUGCAGCUCAAUGACCUCAGCGCUUUGAAAAAAGCGCGAGAGAACACCCAGCAUGUCAUUGGGAGAGAGAAGAAGACAGAUGAGGAGGAUGAAGAUCUGUCCUUAGCCUAUGCUGCCAGAGGCUUUGCCAGAUAUCCAAUGGUGGGCUACAUCUACAAGGUGAAUAGCACAAGCAGUGAGGAGAUCUGGCUCUGACUUAUCUCAAAGGCACCUCGCAAGUUAUACAGCUGCAUGCGUGACUAUUUGAACAGAGACUCUGCGGCAUUUGUCACUUCAACAUGUUGGUUCCAAAUCUGUCGUUGGAUCACACAAGCUAUCGCUGCUUCAACAGUUGUAUUGAUAAAAUGUGCGUGACCUCCAAAACUAAAGUGUUGCUGUCCCACCUGUAAGCAUAUGCUCAUAGUGUUCUCUUUUCAAAUGGAGCCCCUAUAAGGUGACAUGGAAGAAGAAAAAAAAAACAACGUUCCCUGGCAGAUAAUGCUUUUUUAAAAUGCGCGAUGCGCGUUUAUGUACGGUACUUCAUGGUUAGUUUGGCUACUGUGGCCUUCAAGAACAGAUUUUAUGUUGUUUUUAUUUUAAGCCAAUUUCAAAGUAAAAUUCAAUUAAAAUUGCCCACGGGUAAAAACGCUCAAUAUUUGUCGCUUUUGUUUACUCAAAAGAUAACUCGGAAGUACGUAAACUGGCAUAAAAAAGCGUUUGCAUGCAAAAAAAAAAAAAAAACUAAAAAAAAACGUGUUAUCUCGCAAUCUCUUUGCGAGAUAACACCGAGCCCCCCCACCCCCUCCCUUCAUGCCACCUUAGGGCGGACUGCGUACUUUCCUGUUAUUUAAAAUAGAAUGCCUUUAUUCUGCUAUGCACACUCCAGAAUCUCUCAGAUGACAUCCUGUGUAUGAGAUUUUACAAAUGAAUUUGAUGCAAAAAUGUAUUUACAUGUAAAUGAUGUCGAAGUUUACCUAUAAAUGUGUAUUUGUAUGUGUAUUCACAUGAAGAUCGCACUGAAUAAAGUCAACCUCAAGACAGAGACAAGAAAAAGCGACAGCACCGGGAGCACGAAUGAUCUACAUUUUAUGCACAACUCCAAUGACGCAAUGAAAAACUACAAAGUUUUAUCUUCUUUUCUGGUUGUUUGGAUGCUGACUGAGUUUGGGUGCUGUGACGAAGGUACAGUUCAUCCAAGGACAUUGAAGUGAAACGUGGACCUGCAGAAAUUUCUAUUUCAUGUGGCGUAAAAAAAUUUGUGUCAAAAGAUGGCAAGAGAGUCGAGUUUCCUUUAAAAUACAACGAUGACAACUCUGGAGAGUACAAAUGUGUGGAUGAAGCGGGACAACCAUAUGGACCUAAAAUAUUUGUGAAGUUCAGAUCCUGUGAUAACUGCGUGGAGCUCGACCUUGUGUCCAUAUCGGGUCUAGCAGUCGGAGAUUUAAUAGCUACCAUUGUAUCUCGUCGCAUCACAGACUCAUGCCUCUGUUAUGGCCUCUCCACACAGAAGCACUAACAGAAAACAUCUUAAUCCAAAUGAGACACAGAAGAGUGUCCCAAAUGAUGGCUACCAGGAGCUGAGAUACAAAGAUGGUCGCAGAGAAAUAUAUGAUACCUUCUUGGACAAAUGACAGCCUGCUGGCCUACUCUCAGAAAAUAUAGUGUGGCCACGGAAGUCAAAGAAAAUUUGUUCCUGAGCACAGCUUUAUAAAAGUGUCUCUUUUUCCACCCUAUAUCACACAGUUUCACAUCUAUCUUUGCUUUUCCUGUAUAUCGUGAUGGUAAUAAACACAACAGACAC